AUGCAACAGUAUGGCACAUAUGUCUGUGUCUUUGGCAGCCCGGUUACCAGCCAGGCUGCUGGCAGCUUCUGCCUUUCCUCAAAGGCUCAGCAUGUAGCCGGUGGGGGAAACGAAUCCCCGAUGGGAGAGCCAUCGGCCCCACAGCGAGACAGUGUGGACGGGGAGAGGCAGAAGCACACCGAUUCAGAUGUUGACGGGACGACAGCAGCUGCAGAGAUAAACCACCACCACAGGGGGUCAGCAGACAAACACAAGUUCAAUACGUUUGGCUACCAGAGGCGGACAAAGCAGAAGAUCGUGACUUACUUAACAACAGUGAAUAAGGGGCCGUCUGCAGGCGCCAAACCCAGAGCUGCACUGAGGCAGGUCCUGUUCAGCCAGGGAGGCCCUGAGAAGAACCCGGCCUCUGAGCAGCAAGGUCAGCUGGGGAUGUUGAAGCAGGAUCUGGAGACCUUUGCUGUCCCACUCAAUCUUAAGUGGAGGUGGAAGGAGGAAAGUCAGGGAACUACGCUAGAGAAUAACUGGACAGACAUAGUGGACUCUCAUUCGACGAUGUCUAAGAUGCAGAGACACCAACAAGAGGUGCUGUGGGAGUUCGUCCAUACCGAGCUCACCUACAUCAACAAACUAAUUAUCAUCACAGACUUGGUUAUUGCAGCUCUUGUCAACCUGCACCAGCAUGGAUUUCUCCUGGAGGUGACCCCUGAACUGCUUUUCUCUGACCUUCCCUCCAUCCUCACCGCACACCAGCUGUUCUGGCAGGAGGUGAUUUAUCCCAUGUUAGAAGAAGUCCGGAGCACAGGCCAUCCCUUUGACCCCACGGCGUUAGAGGCUGGUUGCCUGCAGUUCCACGAGCGCUUCUCCUCCUAUCAGCAUUACUGUUGGGAGGAGGAAAAUAAUCUGGAGUUCACACGCAGGCAGAUGGAGGGCAACCCACAUUUCCUCACUUAUGUUCAGUGGGUGGAGACUCACCCCCAGUGUGAGCGGAUGCGGCUCGGAGACAUGCAGGCCAAACCCCAUCAGAGGAUCACAAAGUAUCCUCUGCUUCUUAAGGCCGUGCUGAAAACCACCCAGGACCCUAAUGUCCAGCACACACUCAGAGGCAUGAUAGCCAGUGUAAACGUUUUUUUGGAGAGCAUCAAUGACCACCUGAAGCUCCAAGAUGAGCAACUCGCUCUCAAUAUUUCUGCUCAGAGGGUGGAGGGAUAUGAGGUGGAGUGCAUAAAUGAAGAUAUUGACAUGCAUGUCCGAGAGAUUUGUCAGUUUGACCUAACGUGCCCCAUCAGAGGAGUGGGUCCUGAAGUCGUACGCAUGCUUCUGCUGGAGGAGAACCUGAAGAUUCGGGAGAGAAAAGACAGCAAGCUCGAGGUGGUGGCACUACUUUUCUCAGAUGUCCUUCUAAUGACCAAAGUCCAGAAGAAAGGAGAGCGGCUGAAGGUAGUUCGACCUCCUCUGGCCCUCGACAGAACUUAUUGCAUCGCACUGAAAGAUGGCUGUUCAUUUGUUCUCGUGGAGGUAGGUGAGCUUCGGAGUGCUAUAAAUGUCUACAUAUUUGCAGCCAGUACCUCAGGGAGCUGCUCUAAAUGGGUCUCCACCAUCCACCAGGCAAAGGAAACACUGUGGACCCAGAGACAGACUGAGAGUAACAGACAACUGGAAAAUUGGAAAAUCCGGCAGCUGGAUGGCAAACAUGUCACAGAAGCCAAGAUGGAUGAUAUGGAGAGCGAAGAACAGCCUCUUACGCAAUCAAGACGAGAGACUUUUGUGGAUGAACUUACUGAUGAACUUAUUAUCCCCCAAUCAAUAAAUGGGAUGUUGGCGUCAAAAGAAGCAGAGGAACAGUAUCAACCUCCAGAUGGGGAAACCACAACAAAUCCUGUCUUAACUUGUUGGCAAUCCCAGCCCAAUGUCAAUAAGCGUUUCCUAGUGCAUAAGGCUGGUUGGCAACAAGCAGUCAAUGGAUAUGAAUGGAUAGAAAUGGAAGCGAGAGGAGAAAUCAUCGGGUUCCACAGAGAGGAAGAGGAUAAAGGGGGGCAGAGAGGGUGGAACCACAGGGCACAAUCUGCCCCACAUCUGGACACUCUCUAUCGUGGUAUUGCAGCUGAGCCAUUACAAUACAAUACUGCUGGACCACAGGCUGUCUUGUAUCCAGAUGUUGACUAUCCAAGGGAAGAAGAAAGUACUAUACACCUUCCUGACCAACCAGCAAUAUUCAGGGAGGAGCCUGAAUCUUUAGGACAAACACAAGAGGAAGCUAUAUCAACCAAUAGGGACUCAGAUUCCCAGUCUUUGGACCAGGACUCCAGAAGAAAUUCCGACUGCAGCCAGUCUGGAGACAUCCAGACAUCUCCAGAGGCUUGGGGUUGCUCCAAACGUUUGAAGUCACCCGGUUUACGGAGGAGGAGGCCAAACAACACCCAGCAGGGCCCCUCUUCUCAGAUGGCUCAGCAGUUCUUCCGGGACUCAGGGCAGACAAACAGCUUUUCUUUCUCCAACUCAGAUAGCCACAUGAAGAGCAACUCUCUUCCAUCUGGGUCAGAGUCACACCGAGUGCUCAAGCUGGGCUCCUUGAAGCAUAGCCAAGGGAUGUUUUUUAACAUUCACGAUAGACUCUCUCCAGACCCCCAAACAUUGUCUGAAUCAGAGCUUCCUGAUCCUAACGUCUCUAACAGAGUGAAACCCCAAAGAAGGGCCUCUAUUCCGAACAUCAUCAAUGAAGGAGGCCACGGACUUGGCCUCCACACCAGUAGUCCGUACACGUUACCCCAAGCAGAGGAUGCACCUUUUCCAAAACCAGACAGAGAACACUCAGCUCUGGAGAGUCUUCUGGAAAGAGCCAAAGAGCGGGAUGGAUUCAAAAGAGACAGGAAUGUGAGGAUGGCCAAUUUGAGUUCAAGGAAUCCUCCUUCCCCCUCGUUUUCCACCACACCUUCACCAUCGCACAUGGAUGGAGAAACAGGAUGGGAGGAGGAGGAGGUGGAGCUGAUAAGACACCGAGCCCUCACAGUGAGUCGAGGAUGGAAGGAGCAGCUGGUGGACGGAGAUGACGAUGACAAGAGGAACAGUGUUUUCUUCACUGACGGAGUAAAUGUGGACUGGUCAGGUUGGUGCUUAGAUGAUGACGAAGUCCUGGAUCAUGUACAGCCUGGAGAUGAAGGGUUUCUGGAGGGCAUCAGCCGAUCUUUGGCCUCCUGGGAUAUCCCUGGACUUUCAGAGCAAGACGACAGGGAGUAUAGUCAGGUGUAGUUUUGAAGCUGCACAUCAGCCUUGCCCUCACUGAGUGGAUCCGAAACGAUACUUUCAAUCACCAAGCAACUGUUAUGCUAAAUUUAAAAUUCAGUCCAUGAAUGUGAACUACAGAGGGACAAAUUAACAAGGACGGUAGGCGGCAUUUCUGUCGUGAAAAGCUGAAGCGUCCAAAAGACAAAAAACAAACAUCUUUCUAGCAAUUUGGCAAGAUUCCAGUUUUCCAUUGACACAAAUGUCUUCAGUCUAAAUUGUUGCCCAUAAUGAUUCUGGAAUUAAAGCAGUGAUGUAGCCUUUUUUUCUUAUAAUAAAGAUAUUUUAAUGUAAAUAUAAUUCAACAUUAUUUUUAUACAUGACUGUAUAUAACAUUUACAUCAGAAAUAUUUUUUCCAUUUCAUUGAAGUGUAAAUUACAGAUUGUAUACAAUGUAAUGGGGUCGGGUCUGCUGCCCCUGCGACCCGACCCCGGACUAAGCGGAUGAGAAUGGAUGGAUGGAUGAACUGAGUUACUGUUGUCAUAAUAUAACCUCCUUAGUCACCCAUAUACUCAGUGAAACACUUUAAUUACAUGUUGAAAUGUAGUCUAGUCAAAUAAAUAUCCAUACAACUGAUUCUCGAGCCCUGUGGUCUAAGACUACACUUUGGAAUUUUAACCGCAACAACAAAAAAAGCUCUCCGGCCAGAUAAUAUAGUCGACAUCUGAGCAUAGAAAGAGUGGAACAUUAUAAAAGCAUUUUCCAUUAACUUUGUUGGACAGCGAAUAUUCAAAGUCCAACUCCUCUCGUCCCACCUGCUCUCUGUGUUGUGGUCAAAACAUAAAGUAAUGCUUCAUUCGGAAAAACAAAGUCAAGAAAAUGUUAUCUCAUACAUAUUUAUGCCCAUCUUAAUUAUUGUUAAAGUGGAUCUAGAUACAGGUUAUUAGUGAAUGUAGGAAACAUUAAACACUAUUUUCAGUAACGGUGACAAUGAAAAUAUUAUGGCCUUCAAUGUUUAUGUCAAAAAAGUAGCAGGACACUUCAGGGAAUCGAACCCCAUCCCAGUAAACCAGGAGUACCAUUACCAGUGUCUUUUGCUUUUUGAGGCUACAUCGGAGGUAAAGUGUGUGUGUGUGUGUGUGUGUGUGUUUGUGUGUCAGAAAUCUCAAGGACUGCAUUGUUUCAGCAGUUUGAAUAUUUCAGUUUGGUCAUGGAAAUUUGGUUUAAAGUCAUGUAAAUCCAUUGGUUAAAAUGUGUAAGAACCCUGUGACAUAUUACAGCUAAUUUCUGACACAGA